GCAGGGCUCUGGCUCUAUUCGUGCAAAACAGCUUUUUUUAUACGUUGUGAUUUUUUUGUAAGAAAGUUUUAAUAAAAUAAAUUUAAUUAAACAAUAUAGCAAAUUGAUUAUAAAGCAAUGUCAAAUAUUGUGCAAUACAUAAUUGUUCGCAGUGACUUGAAAUCUGCCUUAAAUUGGCCUCUAGGAGCCGUAAUUGCUCAAUGUUGCCAUGCUGCUACUGCGGUCAUGCAUUUGCAUGCAGAUGAUGAGGCCACAAAAUCAUAUUUGGCGGGUUUAGACAAUAUGCACAAAGUUGUAUUAGAGGCCAAAGAUGAAGCUGCUCUUAUGAAAUUGGCCAAUAAACUAAAAGAAAAUGAGAUUCAACAUAAGUUAUGGAUUGAGCAGCCGGAAAAUAUUCCCACUUGUAUUGCCAUUAAACCUUACGUCAAGGAAGACGUCCAUAAAUAUGUUAAAAAUUUCAAAUUAUUGAAGGAAUAAACUAAAUAGUAGACAUCGACCAGAAGACUUCGGUUAAAAAGUGCGCGUUCGAUUGUGUUUUUGUAAAAUGUUAGUGUCCGGGAGUGUCGUUUUUCAAUCAGGAACUUUUUUAUUUACCUCAGAACUUUAGAUUUACAUUAUACAGAUAAAAAUAGCAAACGUGAGUGUCGUUUUGUCGGGAAAAUAUUAGGAACUUUUACGUUAAUUAUAAACUUUAGUUUCGCAUUAGUGAUUCGACUAAAAAUACUACAUUUGCAAGGCUUAAGACGAGUAAUAGUAAAUAUUUAGUAGCAGCAAUUAUUUAAUUAAUUCAGAAUCUCAAGACUCAAGAUUUUUCAAGACUCCAGAUAUUUCAAGACUCAAGAUAUUCAAGACUUUAGCUAGAGCUGAAAUGUAAGUUAUUUUUAUUUUUCUUUAUUUUUAUAUUUGUUGUGAUUGUCAGUAGAUUUUGCUCUAUUUUUUACCAAUGACUAUUUAGAACCUAAAUUUUAGAUUAUUGUUUUUUUAUUGCAUUUAUUUAGAGUGGCAUUGCUAAAUAUAAUUUGCUCUAUAAAAGGAUUUAUAAUAUCUACAUAAAUACGUGCCCAAAAACUAGAAUAUUCACUAAAAUAAAUAUAUUUUAGUGAAAUAUGUAGCACUGAAAGAUUAAAGGAUUUUUAAUUUUCGAUUUUGACAAAACAUUUCAUAUUAUAACGCAAAAUCGUACUUAGGUUAUAAUAGUUUUUAAUUAAAUAAAAAAUAUUUUAUACCUAUGUACCUAUAUGUUUUUUGAGAUUAACUACUUGUGUGAUUUUUAUUAAGAUACAAAUUUGCAAAAAUAUCAGUUUGAUUAUACAGAUAUUCCACAUUAAAGAAACAUAUAAAUUUACAUAUAUAUACAUAUAUUUUAAAGUCAAA